GGGGACCGAGCGCCCCCUCCCAGCGGAGUGCAGGGGCCGUCCCCGGUCGGAGCCCGGCCCCGGAGCGUGGGGUAUGCGCAGCUAACGGUCCCGUCGGGCGGGCUUUCCUCUGGUGGAGCGCGCAGGCGGUGCGCCCCAGCUAUGGAGUGUCCGGGGAGACGGCGGGCAUGACGGCGGCAGGAUGGGCGCGAACAAUGGCAAACAGUACGGCAGUGAGGGCAAAGGCAGCUCAAGCAUCUCAUCCGACGUGAGUUCAAGUACAGAUCACACGCCGACCCAAGCCCAGAAGAAUGUGGCUACCAGUGAAGACUCCGACCUGAGCAUGCGCACACUGAGCACGCCCAGCCCAGCCCUGAUAUGUCCCCCGAACCUGCCCGGAUUUCAGAAUGGAAGGGGCUCGUCCACGUCCUCGUCCUCCAUCACCGGGGAGACGGUGGCCAUGGUCCACUCCCCGCCCCCGACCCGCCUCACCCACCCGCUCAUCCGGCUGGCCUCCAGACCGCAGAAGGAGCAGGCCAGCAUCGAGCGCCUCCCGGACCAGUGCAUGGUGCAGAUCUUCUCCUUCCUGCCCACCAACCAGCUGUGCCGCUGCGCCCGCGUGUGCCGCCGCUGGUACAACCUGGCCUGGGACCCGCGGCUCUGGAGGACUAUCCGCCUGACGGGCGAGACCAUCAACGUGGACCGCGCCCUCAAGGUGCUGACCCGCAGGCUCUGUCAGGACACACCCAACGUCUGUCUCAUGCUGGAAACCGUAACUGUCAGCGGCUGCAGGCGGCUCACGGACCGAGGGCUUUACACCAUUGCCCAGUGCUGCCCCGAACUGAGGCGACUGGAGGUCUCGGGCUGUUACAAUAUCUCCAACGAGGCGGUCUUCGACGUGGUGUCCCUCUGCCCCAACCUGGAGCACCUGGACGUGUCAGGGUGCUCCAAAGUGACCUGCAUCAGCUUGACCCGGGAGGCCUCCAUUAAACUGUCCCCCUUGCAUGGCAAACAGAUUUCCAUCCGCUACCUGGACAUGACGGACUGCUUCGUGCUGGAGGACGAAGGGCUGCACACGAUCGCGGCGCACUGCACGCAGCUGACCCACCUGUACCUGCGCCGCUGCGUGCGCCUCACCGACGAGGGCCUGCGCUACCUGAUGAUCUACUGCACGUCCAUCAAGGAGCUGAGCGUCAGCGACUGCCGCUUCGUCAGCGACUUCGGCUUGCGGGAGAUCGCCAAGCUGGAGGCGCGCCUGCGGUACCUCAGCAUCGCCCACUGCGGCCGGGUCACCGACGUGGGCAUCCGCUACGUGGCCAAGUACUGCAGCAAGCUGCGCUACCUCAACGCGAGGGGCUGCGAGGGCAUCACGGACCACGGCGUGGAGUACCUCGCCAAGAACUGCACCAAACUCAAGUCCCUGGACAUCGGCAAGUGCCCGCUGGUCUCCGACACGGGCCUCGAGUGCCUGGCCCUGAACUGCUUCAACCUCAAGCGGCUCAGCCUCAAGUCCUGCGAGAGCAUCACGGGCCAGGGCCUGCAGAUCGUGGCGGCCAACUGCUUCGACCUCCAGAUGCUCAACGUGCAGGACUGCGAGGUGUCCGUGGAGGCCCUGCGCUUCGUGAAGCGCCACUGCAAGCGCUGCGUCAUCGAGCACACCAACCCCGCCUUCUUCUGAAGGGGCCACGCCCCCCUCGCC